AUGGAAAAGAGUUACCCAACGGAGAUUACGUUUUGGAUUCGUGUCUUGGGAGUGCCGCUCCAAUAUUGGGCAGAGCCGACCUUUGAGAGUAUUGGAGGAGCUAUAGGCAAUGUUGUCGAAGUGGACCUUGACUACGGGAGAGUUAAAGUGGUCGUCGAUGGAACAAAAUGUCUCUGUUUUGAGACAUCAGUUGAUUUUCGCGGUGGAGAAUUCUAUGGAGGAGGGGAAGAGCUGAUCGCUUUGAGAUACGAGAAGCUCUUUGGCUAUUGCUCUAAGUGCUUCAGCCUCUGUCAUGACGUGAAGAGGUGUUCACUGAACAAGGAAAGUCCGCAGGAGAAGAUGGAGGUGCGGGAGGCAAGAGCUGAACGGGGAGGAGAGCGAGCUGCAAGUUACAAGGGGGUAGUCAUCAACGGUCAUGAUGGUCUCCAGGAACAAAACAAGGAGGAUAGGGAUCAUCAAGGAAAGGGCAAGGGGAAAAUGUAUGAGGAAGAUGAGGCAAAAUGGGUCCGUGUGUCAGGAAGAGAGGAUAAGAAAAUGAGUGCAGAUAGAAGUCGUUUCAGGAGAGAGGAGCUAGAUUCACGCCAUCGUCGCCCCAGACAUGAGCCUACAAGGAAUUCCUUUCAGGAGGGGCGUUACCAGUCUCAAGGGUAUCGAGGUAUGCGAAGAGAACGUAGUCCCAGAGAUCACUUUCCAGAACAGGAGAGGAGUAAGGGGCGCACAUAUGAAGGUACCAUGAGGUCUACUCAAUUGUCAGGGGCGGGUGAAACACAACAGGAAGUGCAUUCGCAGAGGGACGGUGACGUGAUAUUGGCACCUGUCAACGGGCUAGGGUCUGUUCAGGUACGUAUGGGGAAUGAGGAGGUAGAAAAUGGACUUGAUGUAGUCAACGAGGGCAUGCUGGAACAGGAGAACUUGGUGAAAGCAGACAACAUGGAUACUGACGAGAAUAAUUCUUCACUGAAAGAGGGAAAGGUAACUAAUGGUGGAGAGGAUGAGUUCCAGGAUGUUACGGAUGAGGAGAUUGUUGGGAAUCAGGCUGUUACACAAGGUGAUAUUGGCGAUAACAUUAAGAUGAGUGAAGAGGGAGAGUUGGAAAAGGCUGAGAAUGUGGGCGGGGGAGAAAAGAACAAGGGAGUUAAAAAGAAGCUCUUCAGAGGAGGGCCACUUGUAGUGGGAACUUCUAAGAUGAGAAUGGUGCAUUCAUUAAUUUCACCGCGCAAACGUCUUGCGAGCAAGUCCAACCCCAAGCAAGGUGAGGGCACGAAGCAAGGUGAUGGCACGAAGCAAGGUGAUGGCAUGAAGCAAGGCGAUGACAUGAAGAAUGGAGCGGAGCAGGGUACUUCAAACCCCAAGCCUCCCAUUAACAAGAAUUGA